CAAAAACACUUUCUUUCUCUACUCCAUCUCUCUCUAGAUUCUCUCAUUUCCUCUUUCUUGAAACUCUGAGAUCCUCAACAAAUGGUGUCAACGACAUGCGCGAGGGAGGUGCAUUACAGAGGAGUAAGGAAGAGACCAUGGGGUCGUUACGCCGCAGAGAUUAGAGACCCUUGGAAGAAAACUAGGGUUUGGCUUGGCACUUUCGACACUCCCGAAGAAGCUGCUCUCGCUUACGACGGCGCCGCCCGUUUCCUCCGUGGUAUCAAGGCUAAGACUAACUUCCCUCCUCCUCUCUCUCUCAACCUCAACCACAUUCCUUCCGCCCCCUCCGCCACCGCCGCCGCCGCAGAUAACCACCACAACCAACACCACUGGUUCCCUCCUCCUCCUCCUCUCUCCAUCUCCGACAAUCACCACCACCACCACCGUAUCUUUCUUCGAACCGGAGUGCUCAGCGACAAAGCCUCAGAUUUCCCCACCACCGAAGCGCCGCUUUACUUCGCCGCCUCGCCUGAUGUUGCCACGUCAGCUUCUCGGGUGUUUGAGUUUCCGAUAAUGAGUCCUUCUCCUUCCUCCGCAACGGCGAGACGUGGCUUAGCCAUCGAUCUCAACGAGCCGCCUCCGCUUUGGCUGUAAAACAUCGGCGCCGUUCUGCUGACUUUCCCGCACGUCGCCGUUUUGAGCACUUUCGGUGGAACUAUUGUUGUUUAACUUUAAUUUCUUUUUAGCAAAUAACUUUCUUAGAGUAGUAUGAGUAGUUUCCUUUUGAACUUGUCCUUUUCUUUUUGGUUAUGUAAGAGACGGAGGUUGAUUAGUUAGUUGUUAAUUGAUCAAUAUUGCGGAAAAAAAAGAAACUCUUAGCACAAGUGAACACUCGCAAAGUAGGUUAUGAGUGUAUGAGUAGUUUCCUUUUGAACAUGUCCUUUUCUUUAUGGUUAUGUAAGAGACGGAAGUUGAUUA